GCCACGAGUUAGCGGCGAAUUUGGAGAGUGUCCAUUUUGAACAGCAAGUCGGCGUAUCUGGUAUUUUCACUUAAAUCUCUUGAAGAUCCCACCAUCACAAUGUCAGACACUGAGAAUCUGCUCAUGGAGACAUCGGAGCAGAACGGCAAUGAGGGAGAGGAGGACCAGAACGGAGCUGAGCAGGAGCUGAUGGGUGGAGAAGAUGGUCAGGACAAUGGCACAGAUGGAGGCAAGAUUGAUGCCAGCAAAGGAGAGGAGGACGCUGGUAAAAUGUUUGUGGGUGGUCUCAGCUGGGACACGAGUAAAAAGGACCUGAAAGAUUACUUCAGUAAGUUUGGCGAGGUGUCGGAUUGCACCAUCAAGAUGGACUCCAACACGGGGCGAUCCCGAGGCUUCGGCUUCGUUCUCUUCAAAGACUCUGCCAGUGUGGACAAGGUGCUGGAGCAGAAGGAACACAGACUGGACGGACGUCAGAUCGACCCCAAGAGGGCGAUGGCCAUGAAGAAGGAGCCCGUCAAGAAGAUCUUUGUCGGAGGUUUGAACCCUGAGGCAACUGAGGACACUAUCAGAGAAUAUUUCGGGGCAUUUGGAGAGAUUGAAACCAUUGAGCUUCCCAUGGACCCCAAAUCGAAGAAAAGGAGGGGUUUCAUCUUCAUCACAUACAAAGACGAAGCGAGUGUCAAGAAGUGUCUGGAGAAGAAAUACCACAACAUCCAGGGGGGCAGGUGUGAGCUGAAGAUUGCCCAGCCAAAGGAGGUGUAUCAGCAGCAGCAGUAUGGACAAGGACGUGGUGGCGGUUAUGGAGGCCGGGGGGGCAGGGGCCGUGGAGGUCAGAACCAGGGCUGGAAUCAGGGCUAUGGAAACUACUGGAACCAGGGAUACGGAAACCAAGGCUAUGGCUACAGUGGCUACGGCAGUGGCUACGGCAACUAUGACUACUCUUCUGGUUAUUAUGGAUAUGGUCCUGGAUAUGAUUACACUGACCAGGGCAAUGCCAGCUACGGGAAAACCCCAAGACGGGGGGCACACCAGACAGGCUACAAGCCAUACUGAUGAUCACAUGGUAUUGCAAGGGCCCCAGUGAUCCAGUGAGACCGACUGCUUAACGGACACACUGGGCCUAACUCGACCUCUUUUAUGACAGAAGACCAUUUGUACAGAAAACAUCCGAAAUGUAACUUUUCCAUGUUUUUGGUUUUUCUUUUGUUUUUUCUUUUGUUUUUUUUGUUUUUUUGGUUUGUUUGUUUUAUUUUUUUUUCUUA